GGCGGAGGUGGCCAAGAGGAAGCAGCGGCAGGAAUAGCAGCGGCGGCAACGAGGAGCUUCUUGGCAGCGGCCUCCGAUGUGACAAGCUGCUGUUGUCAAAGAUGAAAAAUUGAAUUCUGACUUGACACCAUCCCGGACCUUCCGUAUUCCCCCCACUUUUUUUGGAGGAAGGGCAAAAAGCCCAUUGAAGAUGGCAACUUUGCCAGGUACCUCCGCCGGGCCUCCCCCGUCCCUGCCAGAUCCAGGAGUUGCCGUAUGGGAGUGGCAGGAUGAGUUCGGCAGGUGGAGGCCGUACCCAAGCGGCGUGUGCAGCUACAUCGAGCAGUCCUUCCAGGCUCUCAUGGCAAAAGGGAGGCAGUCGCUGCCCUCCUGGCCUGUCAACGGCAGCAUUCCUUUGGGGCAAGCGGAUUCCACGCUAGCACCUUACAUCAUCGACAUACCGAAUCUCACGCAGUUCCGGCAAGAUACAGGGACCAUGCGCUCUGUGCGCAGGCACGUUUUCCAGUUGGAUUCAGCCGCUGGGCAGGGAGUCGUCUGGGAGUGGCAGAACGAUGAGGGCGGCUGGUUCCCCUAUGAGAUGACCGUCUGCAUCUACCUGGAGCAAGCCUUCACGGUCAACACCCCCCAGGCAGAUCUCGGGCUCUUUGGCUACAAGUACAGCAUUGAUUUCAUCUCGCAGACCCAGACCAACAAGGCCACGGGCUACCAGCGGAGGAUCCGGCGGCGGGUGGACUCUCCCUACCCAGUCACCACAGUGACAGGGCCUCCUCAUGCAGGACCCUCAUGCACAUGCCAGCAGUGCUUGUUGAACAGUGGGACUGGCCCCAUUACAUCACGGUUUCGGCACUCCAUGGUGAACCUCCCUGGACCUUCCGCCGGAACUGCCCCCAGACCCUCUGCUGGGAAUCUGGGGGCUGGCAGGACAGUGGGGCUCACUUCCUCUCUGGUGGGCUUCGUGCCUUAUAACAAGCCAGCCCUGUCCGGAGCACGGUCGAUGCCAAGGCUGAAUGUACACAGUGCCGGGGCAGCGCCGCAGUCCGGAGCUGUCGCUGGGCCAAGCCCAGCAAACACCACAUCAAAAGGAGUCAGUGUCCCAAAGCUACCAGUGAACAUGUCCAGACCCAGCAAAGUGAGCCGAGCUCUGGCAGGCAUGAUGGCCUUUCUGAUGUCAGUCCCUGGAUUCCCUGUGCACCUCAGCCUGGCACCUCAGCCCGCCAGAGCCCCUAGAGCCUCUAAAAAACACAGCUCAGUUAAGGAGGGGAGGAGGAGAGAGCUCGCCAAAGGUGGCUCCAGCAAUCCUGAAGAAGUGGUUAAAAAGUAUUUGGAGGAGCUGAAGGCACCCCCUCUUGACGAGGAUUGCAUCAUCUGCAUGGAAAAACUAGGCGCCCCUUCGGGCUACAGCGACGCCUGCGAAAGCAAGACGAUCAGACCGGAGAGCGUGGGGAGGCUGGCCAAGUGCGCCCACACCUUCCACCUCCUCUGUGUGCUGGCCAUGUACACGAGCGGCAAUAAGGAUGGCAGCCUCCAGUGCCCGUCUUGUAAGACCAUCUAUGGGGAGAAGACAGGCACCCAGCCCAACGGGAAGAUGGACGUCUCCAUACUCUCCGAGUCCCUCCCGGGGAACGAGGACUGCGGCUCGAUACAGAUCACGUACCACAUUAACAGGGGCGUUCAGGGUCCAGAGCACCCCAACCCAGGCCACCCCUAUUCCGCAAGGGGCUUCCCACGCUACUGUUACCUGCCGGAUAACGAAAAGGGAAGAAAGGUCUUGGAGCUCUUGAAGGUGGCCUGGAGGAGAAGACUGAUCUUCACCAUCGGGACGUCCAGCACAACAGGAGAGAGCAACACUGUGGUGUGGAACGAGAUCCACCACAAGACAGAGAUGGACUCCAACAUCUCGGGGCACGGCUAUCCGGACCCCAACUACCUGGACAAUGUGCUGGCCGAGCUGGCAGCUCAGGGGGUCACGGAAGACUGCUUGAGACCCUGAUCACCCGCGUCAGCUGAAGCCGCGUCAGUCGGACGGAGCCUGCUCCUGCACCUUCGGACUGCAGGCACCCCCCUCGAGGGUCGCCGCCGCUACAGCCAGUCGCCCUUGUUGCCUUAAGCUCGCUUGCCCCCCUUUCUCUGAGCAAUAAUGCUGUCUCUGGCAUUGCCUGGUUGCAGGGAGGAGGUUUCUCUACUCCGUUUUGUAUCUUUCUAAGGGCUUAGCCCAGCCUGAAUGUACACAGCGAAGCCUUCUCCCUCCUGUAUAGAAGAAAUGCAUAAAAGGACAGUGACUUUAA